GCACACCCUUCACUGGGGGAUGUGUCUGCAACCAAGGUACCUGCCCUUGCCCGGAAUCAAACCUGAGGCCCUUCAGUCCGCAGGUCGACGCUCUAUCCACUGAGCCAAACCAGUUAGGGCCUAAUGCAUUGUAAAAGGAUCACUGUAGUAAAGAGUGGCAUGCAAAGUGUCUAGAGGCCUAAAAUGGGAGCUUUUAUUUGAUUAAGCAAGGAGUGAUAAAUACCUCAAUCAUUUAUCAUUGAUUAGGAUGGGGGACUUAAACUAUAAAGUCCCUUGUAGGGGUUGGGAAGAACUGAGAAGUCAGAUAAUUUGAAUGUGGAGAGAAGGGAUCAAGUAAGUUUGAAGCUCUGUGAACUUGUGAAACUCAAGAAGCAAGUUAUCUGUUCCCAGAAGACAGUGGUGGGACAGGCAUUGGGUAAAAGCUCUAGGAAUUCUCAUUCAGGAAGGGGGCAAAUUGAAGGGAAAAUGCAGUUACCAGUUCCAGGCGAUUGUGAAAUCCAGUCUGACAAGCUCUAUUAGGUUUCAGGGCCUGGAAAUAUCCUCUUUGCUUUGAGGCUCUCCCCUACUGGACUCAUGGCUCUGCCCUUGGAUCAUCCUUUCUGUCUCAUGAAGGUUUGGUCCCCGGAAGAGGCAGGGGCUCAAGACAAGGCCCAGCUACAGUACAGAGAAUGCCAAGAACUCUAUCAGAAAUAUCUGUCUGAAGAUAAAGAGAAACUCACCAUGUCUCUCUCAGCACUUGAUGCUGCUAGAAUGCAGGAACAAUAGCUAUUCAAUAGGAAGAGCACACUCCCGUCUUUAUCCAUGGAACUGGAUGUUCCUGUAGCCAAACCACAAACCUACUACCAAACCAAGCAAAGGCCUAAGUCUGCAAACUGAAUUCCUUGUGGAGUUCAGGAAUAAUUCUUUGAAACCAUCAGCCCAUCAAAAUCCCAAAGAGGAUCUAGACAGGGUGCCGUCAGAAACCAGAACAUGUGACUAUGGAUCCCCAAGGGAAAGACUAGCAGAUGCAGCCCCUACAGAGAAAGUACCUUCAGAGGCACUGAAGAUGAAGGCAUGCUAGCACCUUAAGACUACACAGUCUAGACCAGCGGCCGCCAAUCUUUCGGACCUCACGGACCACCUGUGGCCUGCGGACCCCUGGUGGGUGACCACUGGUCUAGACUGUGUUGUGCUGGUAAACUUUCUGAAAAUGCAGAUCAUGUUCAUGUUAGCCAUUCUACAGACAUGACCCUUCAGUAUUCCAAGACACACUGGAAUCAUGCCAUUAUAGUGGGCAUUCCUGGGCAUCUCUGGUGCAUGGCCAAGAGGUACUGCAGCCCAGUGAGACCAAUUUCAAAAAGCAGCUAUCAGAAGACAGAAGGCAGCUAGUUAUGCUUCAAAAAAUGGAGCUGGAAAUGAAAAAGGAGUGCCUUCAGCAUCUGCUGGAGACAAAACUUCUCCUAAGACAGUAGCAGCUUCAUCAGUCUCGCCUAGGCUACAGUUGGUUAAGGAUUCAAGCUGUGUUUAAGUGGAAAGAACUGAUUGCUGAUGAAAGCGCUCACUAAGCCCUGAGAGUUCGACUUGGAUAUGAAUGGGAGUGACUCUGGACCAGGUUUGCUGCAGUCACCAUGUGACUGGAACAUCAUCAUCCAUCAAAACGCACCAAGAGUCCACUAACAGCGGAGAGACUAGAAGGGAGAAGAAGACAGUUGGGUUUCACUCACCUAUGGAAGAUGAUGCCCUCUGGACAUGUCAAAAGAAAUAUCCCUUAUACAGAUCUCGACUCCAAAGAGGGAUGAUGACAGGAGUUAGAAAAUAUGUGUUUACAUCUCCAAUGACAGCAGAAAGCCAAAAGGAGCUUGUAAGCUCAGUCACAUCAUCAUUCCAACACGACUCCUCCUGGUAUGAGGCAGCUCUGCUGGAUUUGGCUCAAUCUCUGAGCCAAAAGUUCGCUUCUAGACCUCAACCCCAUCCCUGCAGAGAAACGAGCUUGGAGUCACGGUGCUUGCAACUCAGUUCUCUAAAAUCAACCUGGAAGAGGAUGGGGCAAGCAGGACCCGCCAAAGAGCUACAGGAGAAUCAACUUCUGGAAGAUACCUUUUUCAUUCGACCCCAACGUACUUGAUGCAAAAUUUCCAUCAGAACUUGGUAGAUUUUUAAAUAUACUGAUCUAGGAUUUAAAA